CUUCUUAUUCUUCUUCCUUCGCUCCAUCUCCUUGGGGGCCUAAUCCAAAAACCGCGAAAACCCUCCCGCCACAUAUCGACAUACGCUUCUCCUCCCGCCUUUUCCCUCUCUCAAUCUACGGCCUGCAGGUGAUUGCUUCUUCUUCUUCUUCUUCUUCCUCUCGAACUUGCCGGCCUCCCCUCUUCCAUAAACCCCUCGGCUACCACUGCAAUUUCGAAUUUGUGGGCUGAUACAGUUAGGGUUUCCGCCAAAAUUGAGCUAUAAUGUUUCGCUUUGCCUUGAACCCGAAUUCAGGAACACUUGGUGAGGGAAUGGCAGCGACGGGAAGCAGCAGCAGAAGAAAGAAUACAUACGCCGAAGCUUCGAAUCGGAAAACUCUCUCUCCAAGCACACUCCGAAGCCCUGCUUCCUCACUUUCCCUCAAAUCAGUAACUAUGAAUAAUUGGUGGCUCGUUCAGGCGGAAGGUAAUGGGAUUGCCGUCGAAGGUUUUGCUGCUAGACCGUAAGUACGAAAACUCAAUUUCAUUUGUGAAUCAGCUCAUUCAAAUAGUUCGUAAGGGUUAUAAAAAUUGAAUCUUGUACUAUUCUUCAUUUUGUGAUCUCAAAUGGAAGUUGUUUAUGGGUUUGAAGUUUGGGUAGAUCAACGGAAUUUGUUCAGAAGUUGAUAGCAUUCCGAAUACAAGAGUUUUUAAUCAGAAGUUCAAAUAUUAAGCUGAGAACUAAUCCAUGCGGCCAUGCCAAUAACCAGUGAUUUGGUGAAUGUAUCCUAUUACUAUGUUUUGGGUGCCUCACCCACAUACUUACAGGCUAGGAACUAGAGAAUUCUGCUCGGCGCCUAUAGUGGAGAGGCAUGAUUCCAUCACUCUGGAGACUGCAGAUGGAAUCACUGUCAUACUUGGUGGAAUGAUCAACAGAUUGCGCACUCUACUGAAUGGCUUCCCCGUUUCGGUCUGUAACCUUUUCGUGCUGGGGUUCCCUCCUCACUGGGAAGAAGUCACAGCUCAGUUUUACUCUAGUGACAAAGAAUGUUCAGCCACCAAUCCUGGGAUAACUCUGACGCCAGCAAUGGUUGAUGAUCUAUCAGUAAUACAGCUUCGGGAUGUCGUAAUGAGCAUCCCGGAAGGUUGUGAACAUCAGUUUUGGGACGUAUUACUGCAACAACGCAAAGAUAAUGGUGAAGGUCGUAGUAACAAGGGAGGCAGCCAUGAAGAAGAGGGGGAGAAAGAGAAGGGCAAGUCGGAGAUGGAAGGGGAAGUGCUUGUUACGCCGAGUAACAGAAGAGUGGUUCGAAGAGUUGGUGGUGUUGUGACGAGGAGUAUGCAGAGGAAGAAGAAGGAGAAAGAGAAUGUUGUGGAGGGAAGUGAAAGGUUGAAGUGUCCAUCGAAGCUGGGUAGUGAAAGGAAACAGAAGGUUGCUGCUGCGGUUAAGAGUGGUAAGGCCAGCUAAAUGGAGGCAAAUUUCAGACUUGUAAAUUCAUGUGAGCGAUUGGAAUCUUCGUCUUAUUUUGGUGGUUUGCUGUGAAAUGCUACCAAUGGAAAAAUUAACAAAACUAAAUGGGUAAAAUCUAGUUUACUAAUAUGCUUUGAUAGAUUACAUCUGUAUCGAGUAGAUGUUUUUUGUCACUCACCAAGCUAGCUUGACGGGUUAUUCGAUAUAAUCAUUUGCACUAAUCGAAUCAUUGUGAGGUUUGAAUUAUUUGGAUCAUCUUAGUUUGUU